GAGAUACAAUUCAAGCUUUGGAGAUAUUGAAGAAUCUUCGACUCGGGUCCAGAAAUUAACUUUCGUCAACGAUACGAAAGCUUGUCAGUCCAACGAUCGUUGAUCUGGCAAAGAUGUUGACUACUCCAUCCCAAGCCACACCAUCUCAAACCCCCCCGACAAUGAUUCUCCCUGAGGGCCUCACCGCAGAUUAUAUCGACACAAUCCCCGUUCUUUGCGAAACAAUUUCUCGUCUUCAAAACUUCUCUCCAAGCAAUGCGUCCGCAGCUUCCCCACCGGGGGCGACUCCUUCAUUCAAUGCAAACAGCACAGGGCCAUUGAAUAUCAAAGAUAUUUAUGCUGCGACCGAUGGCAUCAAACAUAAAUUACAAAAGGCGAGAGUGGGUGUGAAGAGUAUGCCAGAUAUGCAUAGGACUAUUGAAGACCAGGAAGAGGAGAUAAGAGAGUGCGAGGAGAAGAUUGCACAGCAGAAAGAGGUGUUGAAUUUGUUGAUGAAAGUCGGAUUGAAUAUGAAGAAAGAGCGAGAAGAGAGAGGAUCGGGAGAUAAAAUGGAAACUUGAAGGAAUGGGAAUGGAUAGCCCGAAAGAGGAAAAGAGACAAACCACAGGCGAAAGUUACCCUUAUGUCGAGGAACAUAUGUCAUGAAGAAUGAGGCUCAACGGACCCAAUCGGGUGCUUAGCUCAAUGGAUCAUAGAACACCUUGUGAGGUACGCUAGAUUGAAACCCUUCAAGAUUGAAGAGGUUGUUUUGAAGCAUUAUCGUGGGCCGUGGCCUUUGAAUGGCACGAGGUUCGCUCA